GACGCCGUACAACAGAAGCUGCACUUUCUACCAUGCAACAUCAAUUAUGACGGAAAAGCUAACAUCGAUAAAUACUUUUUGGUGAACAAGUUAAAGGACGAAAGUUCGACCAAUGAACGAGAAGAAAAGGAACUCUACGAGACUUUUUUUCGUGGACGCCGUCUUAUCGGAAAAUUACACGAAAUAAAUGAAGAAUAUGAAGGUUAUAUAUUCAGAGAAUCAUCAUCAUAUGUAAUCAAAAGGGGCGAACUACCAACAUCAGUCGAGGAAAUGGAAGAACCGACGCGUAACUGGAAUACAAUUUACAAGUUUAAUUCCUUUAUGGUCUGGGAACACGAUGAAAUUCCCGAUUCAUCAAAUAAUGAAAUUGUAAAGUCCUUGGAUUGGUUGAAUAUUUCCAAAAUACGGGAAUAUCUCAAUAUUGUACUUAUUAAUUCUCAUAAUUCCAAGCACAUAACUCCUCCAGCCGGAGUACCACCAGGAGAACCAUUAAAAGCUCAACG